AUGUCAGUAAUUACACAAUUUAUGUUAAAAUAUAUCUUAAUAAUUUUAAUAGAUUCUCAUCGUUGUGGAUUGCCUUUACACGUUGAUAAUGACAACCAAUUUAUUAGUAGAUACAAAAGAUUUCGUCCACACAAUUACCAUCAUAGACAUAAUCACCAUUUCAAUUACAAAAAUUCAUCCUUUAAACAUUUAAAUGAGACACACUAUCAUCAUGACGAACAUAUACACAGGAAAGUAAUGGGUGGCCAUGGAGUCGAGGAGGGUCAAUUGCCAUGGGCUGUAGCUAUACACAAACAUUUAGAUGGAUAUGGUAACAGAAAAUAUUUUAAAUUAAAUUUAAAAAAAGAUGGAUAUGCUUGCACGGGAACAUUAAUUUCGCGCCGUCAUGUACUAACUGCUGCGCAUUGCUUUUUUAAGUAUGGAAAGUUAUUGAAAAGAGAUGAAGUAGAAUGCCAUAAUACACACUGUUGUUAUUCAUAUGAACAAAGUGCAAUACCUGAGACAGAUGUUCAUAAUUACAUUACAGUUUAUAUUGGAUCCAAUUGUCUAAUAAACAGCAAUGUUGUCUUUGGAGAAUGCAACUCAAAAACACAUCAAAGACGAUUUAGAAUUUUAAAAGCAAAAUAUUCACAAUAUUUUGAUGCAAAAUGUUUACAUUACGAUUAUGCAAUUAUUGAACUUGAAGAGGAUGUUCCUGCGGAGAUAGCUAAUCAUAUUUGUUUAUUAAAUCUACACGAGAAUACAAAAAAUAUAAAUUGGCAAGCAAAUGCUUUUCCUGUGCUCGCUUAUGGAUGGGGACCUGAUCCUGGUACACAAGAAUGCCAUGGAAAGAAUAAAAGAGGAGGAUGUUUACUAUACGCACAUUCUCAAUUACAUUUGCUUAAAUUACCUGGAAUUUGGACAGAUCAGCAAUGCUUAAAUCAAGUAUCGAAAUUUGGAAAUUAUUUAGACCUGACUAGAAUUUAUGAUCUCAUUUGUACUAUGGAGACUUUCACAGAAGGAUUUUGCAAUGGAGACAGUGGAGGAGGUGUUAUUGCACAAUUUGCGGAUGAUAGCUAUGGUAGAACAAGACGUUGGUUCAUCGUCGGUAUUAUUUCAUUUGGCACUGGGUGCAUCAGCCUUUUUAGAGGGAGCCCGCCAAAAGCACAGGCUCAUGUAAGUGUUCCCUAUCAUAGUGAAGAAAUUACAGAAUGGUUAAAUGGAAAUUUGUUUCCUCAAAGUGAACAAUUGAGCUUUAAUGAGGUAUUAAAAUGUGAUUACAAAUUCCCUAUCUUUUAA